GGGCAAAGGAGAGAGGCCAUAUGAAACCAGCAGAGCAUAAGCCACGCUUUAUCCUGCCAGUCUGUCCCGCUCUGCGAGCACAGGAAACACGCGACUCCCACAUCCCUCACUCACUCACUCACUCAUUCAUCACGCUCUUUCACACACUUCUACAGACACACACACACAGCGGCUCACAAAGGACUGGAGGAUGGCUGUGUCCAUGAGAAGAAUGAAUGGGUCCUGGAGAGGGAUGGCUCUAGCCCUGGUUCUCUGUACUCUGCUCCUACACAAUGAAGUUCACUGUCAAGAUUCCAUUGAUACACCUCAUACAUCCGAUGCCAAAGAUGCCCCGGGUGCUGCACCCACAGCCUCCCCGGGUGCUGCACCCACAGACGUCCCAGGUGCUGCACCCACAGCCGCCCCAGGUGCUGCACCCACAGCUGCCCCAGGUGCUGCACCCACAGACGCCCCGGGUACUGCACCCACAAAUGCAACAGGAGUUCCAGCCCACGCAGACGACACUCAAGGUACUGAUGCCACCAUCGAACCCCAAGCCCCUGUAGACGACAAGGCCACUACUGUCGCUAACUCCGCAGCUGACAACACUUCUGGGACCAGUACUCCAGUACCAGACCAGGACACUACCUUCAUUCCAGUACCAGACCAAGACACUGCCUUCACCUCCAUGGUGCCAGAUCAUGACCCCUUAGCCACAGGUGACACCUCUGGCACCACAGCUGACACCUCUGGCACCACAGCUGGACCUGGUGUUGACACACAGGCCACUGAAGCUACUGAUGACCCGGGCGCACCUAUUGUGCAUCAGGCCCCUGUUUUUGUUCUUCCCACUGUUGAGUGUGUGGACAAGGAGGCAGUGAAGGACAAAGACACAGUCAAGGUGGAGCUUUCUUCAGAAACUAGCUGUUCAGUGACCAAGAGAAUCAUGGAGGAUUCAGCCUGGUGCACAGGAGACUGCAACCUUAAACUGUUCCAGGAGGACAACUCUAACACACUGGUUUUGACACGCUCUAAUGGUGGAGUCAAAGAUUUGUCAGAGAGCCUGAACAGCCAAGACAUCAAGGGCCAGCUGGGUGUGGUGAAGGCAGCUCCUCAGUGGGGUAAACACUCUUCCACCGUGCUGGUGUCUCUGCUCGUCACUGGUCUGCUGCUGGCUGCUGCCCUCAUCGGAGGCUACUGUCUGAAGAAACACUGGAGACACAACGCCAAGGGCAUGAGGCUGGCUGAGGAUGCGUACCCAGUGGAUGAGGAGAACCAGGGGAACACCCUGGUGUCUGUGGCGCCUCUCAACCCCCUUGAGACCCGGGAGAAGCCCGCUAACGGGGAUUCCCAAGAGGCCGCCAAGACCCAGCCCCCUCCCACCAACGGCCACUCCACCGCCAACUUGGCAGACACAGAGCUGUGAAGACCCCACUAGAACCCCUGGAGAAGAAUGAAACUUACCCCUCCAUCCCUCCAACACCAACCCUUCCCCUCAGAACACGGCAGAACUCCAGCGACCCCCAUCCUACAGUGGACAUCAAGGACAAAAACUGCCCCUCAUAACCCCAAUAACCCCCACAUAAACACUCCUUCAGACUCUCCAUGUCCCCCACUUCGGCUACAUACAACUCCAUGGUAAAGACAGAUAAGAUUGAUGAUGAUAAGGCUUGAUAAUAAUGUGAAUGAUGAUGAUGAUGAUGAUGAUGAUGAUGAUAAUGAGGCUGAGGGCUGUAUCCCUGUCCCUUGGAUGUUUUCGUCAUUCAGGCCUGGAGGUUGGGCCGAGGCAGGACUGGGUGGGGAGGGUUUUAUGUUGUUAAUCACCACUGGCUCCAAGACGGCAGCUGGGGUCCCAUCAACCACUCCAUGUGCCCUGCCUGCCAUCAGGUUUAAAGCUUCCUUCCAAAAAUCCGUUAACCAUAAAUAGAAGCAAAGCUUCACGUUCAAUUCAAAUUGGUCCUUAGACCUUAGUUGAUCGCCAAAAAAAAUAGCAAAAAAAAAGUAACAUCCUUAAAUCUGUUUACAAAGUUCUGAGUGGAAUAAAGGAGCGCUCCGAGCUUGUUUGUUCA